UUUGAUAAAGGCGGUUUAAACGGGUGGGCGGGUACCGACACAGUUUGAAAACUCAGUAGCAGAAGAAUAGAGUCGGUGGACAGAACCGACACACCAGGCAAUUACAAGUAUGGCCUCUCAAAAUAUGGACCCUGCAGCUUCCUCAUCCACAGCCGCUCUGAAAGGCAAUGAGACCGGUGGGAGUGCCGCAAAGGGCUCAGUCACUAAAAGACUUCAACAAGAGCUGAUGACACUAAUGAUGUCUGGACAUAAGGGGAUCUCGGCUUUCCCAGAAUCUGACAACCUUUUUAAGUGGAUCGGAACGAUAGACGGCGCUCAGGGAACAGUUUACGAAGGCCUGAGGUACAAGCUGUCGCUGGAAUUCCCUAGUGGCUACCCUUACAAAGCCCCACGCGUGAAGUUCAUCACAUCGUGUUUCCACCCCAACGUUGACGAUCAGGGAUUCAUCUGUCUGGAUAUCUUGAAAGACAAAUGGUCAGCUCUGUACGAUGUGCGUUCCAUCCUGCUGUCCAUCCAGAGUUUAUUAGGAGAGCCCAACAAUGAGAGUCCCUUGAACACUGCUGCUGCUGAGCUUUGGCAUAACCAGGAAGCAUUCAAAGCCCAUUUGAACUCUACCUACAAGAACUGACCCAAGAUCCUACAAUCCUGCCAUGUGUUCUAUUUUUAAGUGUUUCUUUCUUCUGAUUAUGUAAAUACUGGGUAUGUCUGUACAAUAUUUUUAUGUUUGUAUAAACUUUAUGUGAAUAAAGUGUGAUCGUGG